GCCGGCGUCUCGGGGGCUCCAGGCUGCGGGGCGGACGCUGCGCCGAGCGAUCCACCGCGGAGCCGCGCGAGGCCGCCCGCGCCCGAGCCCCAGCCCGGGUCCGGAGCCGCGAGCUCCGCCGCCGCCUCUGCAGCCUCGCGUCGCUGGUCCCCGGACACGCCGCCGCCGCUGGGAAGGCAGCAGGCGCCGAGCAAGUUGUGAGCGCGCCUCUCCGCCCGGGGAAAGUUUCCCCCGCGGCCACCGGCGGGAGCUGGCUCCGGGUCCCGCGCCGCCGCUGGAAGAGUUUAUCCUGAAGCCACCAUUAGAAGUGGAUCUCAGAAGUGUGGCACCUGUGGGCUCAAAGAGAAAUUUACCAGUUGAAAGAGGUGGGCAUCUCCUGGACAACCUCAAGCUUGUGUGGCUGGAGCUUCUAACGCUGCCAUCAAAGCAACUCGAACCCCUUGAAUUUGCUUUCUAGAACUGCUGACGUAAUCCUUCACAGACUUCCCAACGCUGCCCACCCGGGACAAGCUGGGGCAAUAAAAGACAUCUGAACAAACCCCUUGGACAGGAGACUCGGUUCUGCUGACGUCUGAAGAACUGCCAGAUGAAGAUGCUGAGAUUUGAGAGAGCAAGUGAUUUGCCCAAGGUCACACAGCAGUGACUUACAGAGCAGCAGCCUGGGGCUCCAGACUCCCAGGCCAGUGCUUCUCGCACCUGACUUGCUGCAGCUGCUCCUGGGCCAGGUGGAGCACAGGAUGUGGAGUUGGCUGAGUGGCCAUCGAUUCCUAGUCUGUGCAUACAAGCUCCAUGAUGAUGUUGAGCAGGUAGAGCACCAUGGAAGGCGACUGUCUGAGCUGCAUGAAGUAUCUGAUGUUUGUUUUUAAUUUCUUCAUAUUUCUGGGUGGGGCCUGCCUGCUGAGCAUUGGCAUCUGGGUCAUGGUGGACCCCACCGGCUUCCGGGAGAUUGUGGCUGCAAACCCGCUGCUCCUCACUGGCGCCUACAUCCUCCUGGCCAUGGGGGGCCUGCUGUUUCUUCUUGGCUUCCUGGGCUGCUGUGGGGCUGUCCGUGAAAACAAGUGUCUGCUGCUGUUCUUCUUCCUGUUCAUCCUGAUCAUCUUCCUGGCGGAGCUCUCGGCAGCCAUCCUGGCCUUCAUUUUCAGGGAAAAUCUCACCCGAGAAUUCUUCACCAAAGAGCUCACCAAGCACUACCAGGGCAAUAAUGAUACGGACGUCUUCUCUGCCACCUGGAACUCGGUCAUGAUCACAUUUGGUUGCUGUGGGGUCAAUGGGCCUGAAGACUUUAAGUUUGCAUCAGUCUUUCGACUCUUGACGCUGAACAGCGAGGAGGUGCCCGAGGCCUGCUGCCGGAGAGAGCCACAGAGCCGGGACGGGGUCCUGCUGAGCAGGGAGGAGUGCCUCCUGGGAAGGAGCCUGUUCCUGAACAAGCAGGGCUGCUACACUGUGAUUCUCAACACCUUUGAAACCUACGUCUACCUGGCUGGGGCCUUCGCCAUCGGGGUGCUGGCCAUCGAGCUUUUCGCCAUGAUCUUCGCCAUGUGCCUCUUUCGGGGCAUCCAGUAAAUGGUGUGGCCUGAUGCCUUGCCCUGCCCACCACUGCCCAGCACCCAGUGCACUCCCCUGCCCCUUCCGCUGUCCUCUUGGCCCCAGGGGAGGCGAUAAGGCCAUCAUGGAUGGCCAGGAGAAGGGUCAAGGGAAUAGAGCUAUUUUUUUAACAAGACAAGAAAUGAAGACAAAAGUAAGAACUGACAUACCCUCGCCUGGACUCCAGAGCAGGUGCCAUGAGCUUUCCACAGGGACCCCAGCACCUGGCCCAGGACACUGUCUGCUCUAGAGACCAAAGGAACAUCAAUCCCAGGUCCCCUCUUUGGCUCAGCCAGACUCUGGUAUCCCUAGGCCUGGGCCCUCUCCCCUCACAGCUUCAGGACCUGGUGCCAGGGAAGUGAGGAUUUAGGCAACAAGGAGGCAAAGGCAAAACCUCAGAGAAGUCAUCCAAGCCCAAGGCAAGGCCCAAGGAGACUCAGCUGCCGUGUUCUUAAAGACUCAGAACUUACAGUGCAAUUCCUGGCCCACCAGAGCGGGCAGUUGUCCCAACCUCGGGCCAGGGUCAAGUGCGGGCUGCAGACACUGGAUGCAAGAACAGCCCAGCUACCGGGUCCUUGCUUUCCUAUCUGUUGGACCAAAUAUUCUCGAAGGCCCAGAGCAGGGCAGCAACCUGUCCAGUAGCAGAGCACGUGUGACAGUUCUGAACAAGAACGUGAGUCAUCUCUAGGCUGCUGGUGCUCCAUCCAGGGCUCUGUCACAUCUGCUGCUCACACACUCUCCCCACCCCUGGCCUGGGCAUCCUGGUUCCCACAGGAGAGAGACGGCACACUGGCCAGGAGCUGCCUCCUCUCAGUGCUAUAGCUAAGACUUUGUACCAUGGGUCCUCUCCGCACCCCCCCCACCACCACCACCCAACACAUGUGUGCACAUCACAUUCCCUUGUCCACACUGCUCACCUCUCCCCACAAGCCACCCCUUCCAUGUCCUUCCCCAACUGCCAGAGUGGAAGAAACCCCCAAGAUCAUCUGGGUCUCCUUCUCCCCACCCAGGCUUGGUUGUCUUCUGCAGACCCUUGCCAAAACAUUUCCACUUUCUCCUUGCAUAUCUCCAGGGACAGAGAGAGCUUACCACCUCCCAAGGCAGCCUUCUGUCUUUGGACUGCUCUGAUUUUAGUAUGGCCUUGACAUACAGAAGAGAUUUCUGUUUUUCUGUGGUUCUGUCCGUGGCAUCCCACUUGUUCCGUCCUUCCCAGCAUUAGAGUUACAUGUCCCCUGAGCCCUCUUCUCUCCAGGCUAUUAUUCCCAAGGCAUUGUAGCCACUUCUGCUAUGAUAAGGUCUUCUGUCCCUUCCCACUGUCCAUUCAGUUCUGAGUAUUCCCUCUAGGCUUGGGCAGGGACACUCACAGAUUCACACCCAAACACUCAUACCCGCCUCAAAGUCUAGGCCAAUGUUGGCAAUUGAAUUACAAGACACCCUGACGCUGAUCCAGGAGGAGUGGCUGCUGGAGGCUAUACUGAGGAUCCAGGGUUUGGCCUGGGGUCAGUGGGAGAGGGCAGCUCAAUCCUAACUCAUGUCUGUCAGAUUGUCUGCCAGAAUUUCAUUAGUGAUAUCUGCCAUAGGCACAGGGAUGGAAAGAGCAGCAUGAUGCCUGGUCUCUGCUCUCUCCCCACUGUCCCUCUUCAGAUCCUAUGAAGAGCCCAUUCUGUUUCACAAGCUACUGGCACCUUGUACCAGCCCCCAGCCUCAUUAUGCUUCCCAGUUACCUGGGAGACACAGAGCUCAGACACAGAGCUCCCUGCCUGCCACCUGCCCUCUUCUGAGAUGCAGCCAGCUCUGUGCCUAUAGUGAAGGUUCAGUGUGAUCCUCCUCCUGCUGAACCCACCAGUCCUGGUCCUUGCCCUAGGUUUCUGAUUUGGUCUUCCCAAAUUGUCCCUGUAACAGCAUGCCUGGGCCACUUUUUAAAUGAGCCAUGAGCUCCCUAGAGAAUGAGCUCCCAGCACCCAGAAGGACCUGCAGCUGGGGUCCCAGCCUAGCCUGUGAAGGGUUUGAGGCCUGACCCUCUCUGGACCCACCUACAUAAUUGCCUCCAGCUUCCUGAAAGAGGCAAAUGGCUGGUCUGGGCUUCACAAAACCCCCAAACCCCGGCUGGGCAAGACUAGGUCAAAUUGUACAGCUCCAUGGCUCUAGUUCAGAAGCAUUCCAGGCUUCUAGGGACCACAGAAGAACUAGGAUCUAGAAGGGCUGGUCACAGGGCAACCUCUGGCUGAGGUGGGUUCAAGGGUGGUUCCAAGACUCUUCCCAAGGGCUCUCCAUAAAGGUGCAACAGCUCCCCAGCCUUUCCCAUCUUCUCAGGCUGGAGAGGGAGAGCAGGCCACCUGAACUCAGACUGAUAGCUAUUUGCAAGGCUGCCUGAGGCCAGUCCCUAGGUGCCAAGGAAAAGAAAGCCCAGCCCAUAUCAAGGCAGCUUCCUUCAAGGGUGCAAGAUCUGCAGGAUUCAGCUGGCUUGUCCAGCUAUGCCCACAGUAGGUUCUGGAGGUGGCACCUCUGUGGGAGAAGGAUGCCUCUUUUUCUCAUCCCAAGAUACUACAGCCCACAACUGAGACCUCCUCUGACCCCACUACAGGCAAAGGAACAAGGAAGAAUACACUGUUGUUGAUCACACACCCUGCCCUGUACUGAAAGCCACUUUCCUGAAGUUACUGUUGUCUUGGAGAAAGGGCACCUAUCUUACUGUCUGGGAGUGAGGGGCCUGGCCCCUCUCCAGGAUCCCUGCUGGUAUCCAGUCUUGUUGCUUUGGGUUUUCCCUGUCCCCUCGCUAUCCAUGCCCAUGGGGCCCAGAUAGGACUCCCCAAACCAGCCGGGGCCUUGGUACCCCCAGAGCCCCCUCUUUCCUUCCCCAACAGGUCCUAUGUUGAAAGUCUAUUUUGAAAAUUGUACAUGUUCCUUGCGGUAGAUAGCAGAGCUAAUUUAUCAUGUUUAUCUCCUGUGAGUCCCCCCUUUUUAUAUUAUAUAUUGAGAGUUUUUGUAAUAUAAAACAGGACACCCACACUGAUGGUUUUGCACUGGUUUUUGUGACUGUUUCUUACAAAAAGAAAAAGGAACGAAGAAUAAAUAGUGACCGUGAA